GUAUGAAAACGCAAUAGGCAAUUUCAUCAGUAAACUUGAUUUAAUUGACGAUCUCUGUCCCAGAUUGAACAUAUCAUCCACUGAAUGCUCAAACGUAUGGACCAUCACGGAUCCGAGUCUCUCUGUGACUACGCUUUUCUACUUCUUGCACUUGCUGCGUAGCUAAUUCUGUUUCUUGUGCGCAGAUUUCAAGUUUUUCUACAUGUGAAAGUUUCUUCUAUCUGAAGAUACGCAGGUAUAUUGCCCCAAUGCCCCAUACCCAUUAGUGUAUUGAUUGAUAUGAUGGGGACUUAAGGACUUUGUUCUCUCUCACCAUUUAAAGUUUUAAUCUGUCCUUGAUCACUAUGCUAAAAUUUGAAAAACAAAGAGACUGCAGUGAGAAGUGGGAGAAAGGUUGUGGCUUUUCAGAUGGGUGAGGCUGAUACUGAUGGUGCUAGCAAGAAAGUUGUUUUUGUGACUGUUGGAACUACAUGUUUUGAUGCUCUAGUCAAUGCGGUGGAUACUCCUCAAGUUAAGAAUGAAUUGUUCAAGAAAGGCUAUACUGAUAUAAUUGUUCAAAUGGGCCGCGGAAACUAUGUUCCUGUAAAGUCUGCUAUAGAGAAUGGAUCCCCAGCUAUGGACUGUUUCACUUACUCAUCAAGCAUUGCUGAAUAUCUGAAAUCAGCUUCUCUUGUUAUUAGCCAUGCAGGUUCAGGCAGCAUAUUUGAGACAUUGCGACUCGGGAAACCAUUGAUUGUAGUUGUGAAUGAGGAUUUGAUGGACAAUCAUCAAAGCGAGCUGGCAGAAGAACUUGCAGAAAGGAAGCAUUUGUUUUGUGCUCGGCCCCACACCCUUUAUCAAACGAUUGCGGAUAUGUGCUUAGAGUCUCUUCUUCCAUAUCAACCGGGUAAUGCUAAGCCAGUCGCUGAACUCAUUAGUAGGCAUCUUGGUUUUCCUGAAGAAUGAAUAGUCUUUUAUUUUCUUUCAGAGUUAAAACAUGUAGUUGGCAUAACAGUGAAAUCCUAAGAAAAGGGAGAGACAAUUUCAAAUUUAGAGUUUGCUUCAAUAACAUCACCCACUCUUAAUUUGAGUUGCAACCACUAUUCAGAAUACACUUGGUAAUGGUGGUUUCAUCGGUUAGUUUGUGAGUUUUAAUCAUGCAUCAUCCGGAUCUUGGUUUGUAAAAUAAAUGUAUGAAUCUUUCAGAAUGUUUCCAAAGUUCUUCUAAAGAUAUUUGUAGUUCAACUCUUCUCCUUCA